UUCCCACCUCCCCUCAGCCUCCCUUCAGCCUCUCUCUCGUCUUCCUUGGACUGCAGCAGAGAAACCGCUGCAUCGAAGAAGACAAGAAACAAGAAGAAGAAGAAGAAGAAAAAAAACCCCUUGGCGCGAUGCCUCCUGCCUCUGUUGCUGUGUAGAGGAGGGAAUCGGAAAAACACACUCCAGACUCAUCGAGCACAAUAUGACGGAUCUGAUUCUCUCUGGUAGAUUGCUGAUGGUCUCCUCUACUGAGCUCUGACACGACUGAGGAUCUCUCCGGUUUGAGAUCAACUGUCUCCAUUUCAAGACUGUCUGGCUUCUCCACAUCCAAUGGAAUCAGACAUCAUUACUUAAUCAUUAGUGUCCUGGCAGCUGAGUGGCUUUUCUGCACUGACAAACUGCCUUAAGUCUUGCUCUGUCGGGGGAUAGAAGAUCAGAAAGAAAGAAAAAACAGGUAGCUUAUACUUGCUGCACCUGGCGGACCUAAUAAAAGCUCUAUAGAGUUGAAGCAAAAGUAUUUUAGUGCCAGUUAUCCCCGUGCCAAGAUGGAUGAAACGCACAACAACAGGACUUCCUUGGUCAAAGGUGCCAAGGACAUUGCUAAAGAAGCCAAGAGGCACGCUGCCAAAAACUUCAGCAAAGCUGUUGAUCGCGCCUCAGAUGAAUACUCCACUCAUCGCAGCUACAACCGCUUCAAGAACGAGGACGAAGAAGAGAACAACUACAACUCUUACACUCAGCAAGACGGCCACUACGCCGACAAUGCAGCCAAUGACGAGGACGGGGCCUCCAGCGACGCCACGGAGGGCCACGACGAUGAAGACGAGAUCUACGAGGGGGAGUACCAAGGCGUGCCCGCCUACAACGAUGGGAAGCUGCGGGACGGUCAGGUGGCUCUGGGCCAGCCGGUUUCUGACAGCGCCAAGAGCCGCAAGGAGCUGGAAAAUGAGAGACAGGCGGACGAGGAGGAGCUGGCCCAGCAGUACGAGCUCAUCAUGCAGGAGUGUGGCCACGGGAGAUUCCAGUGGCAGCUGUUCUUUGUACUCGGGCUUGCGCUCAUGUCAGACGGCGUGGAGGUGUUCGUGGUGGGCUUUGUCCUGCCCAGUGCUGAGACAGACAUGUGCGUCCCCAACUCUGGAGCCGGAUGGCUGGGUAGCAUAGUGUAUCUGGGGAUGAUGUUUGGAGCCUUUUUCUGGGGCGGCCUGUCAGACAAGUUGGGCCGUAAACAGUGCCUGCUGAUAUCCAUGUCCGUCAACGGCUUCUUCGCCUUCCUCUCCUCCUUCGUUCAAGGCUACAGCAUGUUCCUCCUCUGCCGCAUGGUGUCUGGCUUUGGGAUUGGUGGAGCUGUGCCAAUAGUAUUCUCGUACUUUGCGGAGGUGUUGGCUCGAGAGAAGAGAGGAGAGCAUCUGAGCUGGCUCUGCAUGUUCUGGAUGAUCGGAGGGAUUUAUGCCUCAGCCAUGGCCUGGGCCAUCAUCCCACACUACGGCUGGAGUUUCAGCAUGGGCUCGGCCUACCAGUUCCACAGCUGGAGAGUGUUUGUGGUGGUGUGUGCGCUGCCGUGCGUCUCCGCAGUGGUCGCUCUCACUUUUAUGCCUGAGAGCCCCCGCUUCUACCUGGAGAUGGGUAAACACGACGAGGCCUGGAUGGUGCUCAAACACAUCCACGACACCAACAUGCGCGCCCGCGGAGAGCCGGAGAGAGUCUUCACUGUGAACCGGAUAAAAAUCCCCAAACAGCUGGACGAGCUGGUGGAGAUGCAGAAUGAGUCAGCCAACCCUGUGCUCAAGGUCCUCUUCAAGAUCAAGGCCGAGCUCAGAGGAAUCUGGUUGACUUUUAUGAGAUGCUUCAACUACCCAGUAAAGGACAACACUAUGAAACUGGCUGCAGUCUGGUUCACUCUGUCUUUUGGGUACUACGGGCUGUCUGUGUGGUUCCCUGACGUCAUCAAGCACCUUCAGGCCGACGAGUACGCCUCCAGAGUGAAGAUCCACAACAACGAACGCAUUGAAGACUUCACCUUCAACUUCACCCUGGAGAACCAGAUCCAAAGAAACUCUGUCUUUAUGAACGACAGGUUCAUCACUAUGAAGUUCAAGUCGGUCACGUUCAUCGACUCGUCUUUCAUCAACUGUUAUUUUGAAGACGUCUCCUCAGUGGGAUCUUCCUUCAAUAACUGCACCAUUGUGGACUGCUUCUUCUACAACACGGAUGUCGAUGACACCAAGCUCACGAAUUCAAGGGUGAUCAACAGCUCCUUCCACCACAACAAGACGGGCUGUCAGAUGACCUUUGAAGAUGAUUACAGCGCCUACUGGGUUUACUUCGUCAACUUCCUGGGAACGCUGGCCGUGCUGCCUGGAAACAUCGUCUCUGCUCUCCUCAUGGACAAAAUAGGGCGUCUUAGCAUGUUGGGAGGCUCCAUGGUGCUGUCAGGCAUCAGCUGCUUCUUCCUCUGGUUCGGCACCAGCGAGUCCAUGAUGAUCUUCAUGCUGUGUCUCUACAACGGCCUCAGCAUCUCCGCCUGGAACUCCCUGGAUGUGGUCACCACUGAGCUGUACCCGACAGACAGGAGGGGCACAGGAUUUGGCUUCUGUAACGCCAUGUGUAAGCUGGCAGCCGUGCUGGGCAACCUGAUCUUUGGCUCGCUGGUUGGCAUCACCAAGGCUAUCCCCAUCCUGCUGGCAUCGUCCGUGCUGGUUGGCGGCGGCCUGGUGGGGCUCCGACUGCCAGACACUCGUGCCAAUGUCCUCAUGUAAACCUCAACACAGAGCAGUUAUGUUGUUUACCAGGUAUUUACUCAGUUUUACUGAAUAAUUCGUUCGCGGGCGACAGUACGGUUUAUUUGAAUAUCACUAACACGUCGCGUAGCUGUGAUCAUUCUUGUGUUUAUUAUUUGACAAAUAAUGUCAGCAUGUCCACAAACUCAAAUACAGGACACUGAUUGUUAUUCUGUUGUUUCUGAGUAAAAUACCUGGUAAAUUAGGAGAAUGAAAUGCAGUUUAACUUUGCAGAGAGCUGCGGAUAUAAAGAGUUUGAAGACAACAAUCAAAGGUUUAAAAAAAUCUGGAAAUCUGUUUACCACAGCCCCCGGGUGUUCUUGUUACUCUGAGGACACAAGCUAGAGUUAUUAGUGGUUAAAAAAACUCUGUAUAUCAGCAGCUCAUUAUCUUCCAUGGGCGGUUUCACACAUGCAACCCACAAACGCAUGUGUCAAAGCUGCAAAAGGCUUGGACUUCCAACAACAUCCCCCUUUUCAAAACCCUGCUCAGCCUCUCUCAGAUGUGUGUGGGGGGGUGGGUGGGGGGGGUAAUGUGGCUGAUUAAAACCAUGACAUGUUUUUUUUACACUUUUUCUGUGCAAAUUAAACAAACAACAUAUUACACGUUGGCUUUGCAGGUGCUGGUAAGUGGAUUUGGUUCUCUUUGGACAGAGCCAGGCUAGCUGUUUCCCUCUGCUUUCAGUCUUUAUGCUAAGCUAAGCUAACCGGCUGCUGGCUCUAACUUCAUGAGGGUGGUAUCAGCAGCGCUCAGCAAGAAAGUGAAUAACUGUAUAUAAUUCAACAAGAAGCACGAGUCAUUUUGUAGCAGCUGAGUAUUUGUGAUUUUUUUUUUUUUUUUCUUUGUUAUUUAUUGCUUCACCAGUUUCUGAACCUGCGAUCAAUAUCCCACUGAUGUUUGAUGAUGUUCAAGCCUUUUGCCGCACUUUGCAAGAAUGACAAGGCCAUAGAGAAAAAAAAAACAGAAAAGAAAAAAGAUCAAUAACGAUAAAGUAGUUUAGUCAAAAACCGGCAACUUCAGCAGCUACAUUUCUUAAGUGAAAAGAAGUUUACAUUUUCUGCUUUUUACAGUAAGAGACUUUUGAGAUUGGAAACCUUUUGUCUGAAUGCUUCCUCUCUCCCUCUCUCGUGUCUGUGUUGUGUUCGUCUCGUGGCGCCGAGCUCACCAUGAAGGGCUUUGCUCUCAGUCGUAAUCUGAUCUGUCAAGAAGAAUUUAUACUGUAGGAAACCUCUGCUGUUAUAAGAAAAAAAAUCUGCUCUUCUCCUUGUGUUUUUCUUUUUUUCCUCCCCCUCCCUCCUCUCUAUCUGUCUCACUGUCAUGGUGUCUCUCGACCCGCCUUGUCCUCCUGUCCUCUCUGUUUAUCUCUUCCUGCCUUGCUGCUGCUCCCUCCAAAACUCAAAGGCCUUUCUCAAAUGUCGUGCCUCUCUCUCCAUUGAGCUCGUCUCUCCUUCCAAACCUCGCUGGAAGCUUUGCUGCUCUGCCCUGCUUUUUUUGGUCUCUUCAUCUCUUGAUACUGCUGUGUGUGUGUGUGUGUGUGUGUGUGUGUGUGUGUGUGUGUGUGUGUGUGUGUGUGUGUGUGUGUGUGUCUGUGUGUGUGUGUGUGUGUGUCUGUGUGUGUGUGUGUGUGUGUGUCUGUGUGUGUGUGUGUGUGUGUGUGUGUGUGUGUGUGUCUGUCUGUGUCUGAGUGUGUGUGUGUCCAGGAAUACGUGUCUUAAACACAGUCAGCAUCUCAUGUGUAGAAAGCCGAAGUUUUUCUUCUUUCAAUGUUCUUUUCUAUACCAGGAAACUGGGAUCUUUGGAGGAUCUGAACCACAUGACGAAGCGAAAUUAAAAGCCAUGCGUAAAGGGUCAGUUCACCCAAAUUUCAUAAAGACAUAUUUACCAGUCAUGCAGGUAGUUUUGGAGUUUUGGCGCUGAGUUUUUGGCCUUUUAAAACAAUGGAAGUGAAUAAAAAUUAGUUUCUACAGCUCUAAACUUAAUGCUAAAUGCUAACAUCACUAUGCUAGCGUGCUCACAAUGACCAUGCUAACAUGCUGAUGUUUAGCAGGUCUAAUGUUUACCGUAUUCAUAAUCUUUCUUUUUUGUGUUACCAUGGUAACGUACGCUAAUCACAACCAUAGACUGUAAAUAAAGACGGACGGAGCUUCUGUGACGUCACCCACAGGUUUCUGAAGAGCGGUUUUGGAGCUGCUGCGCCAUCGGCAUCUUGGCAGUGCCUGACUCCGCCUUCUACCUCCUGGCUAAUCCAAAAAAGGGAGGAGGGGCCGUGUGAGGAGCCAAGACUUCGGUGCAUGCUGGUUUGUGGCAAGCAUACGCUCACCCACCUGUCACUGAAAGCGGCCACGCCCUCAAUUAUGUUUUUAUUACAUUACAUUUUUCAGUGCUGUGAGCGCCAAACACAAAACUUCAUUCAUCUCCAUUGUACUGAGACACAGGCAGAGACCUUACAGAGGGACUUUUGGGCAAAUUUAACUAAAACUAUCUGCAUGGCUAGAUAAUUACUAAAUAAGAAAAUAUGUGUUUUUUUUAUUUGGGUGAACAGACCCUUUAAAACCUCUUAUGAAUGGUACUUGCUGCUACAAUGUCAAUGCAUCGAUGUUAAAAUGCAUUAGGUAAUUUGUAAAGUAAAAUCCUGUGACAUGUUUUCUCUCUCUGGGUUUGUUCAGUUGUACAACAAAAAGUCAAUUAACACAAAAGUGCAGUACUGUUUCACUCAUUUUCUUUUCCCAAUGAUAAUUAGCGUCAACAUACGUGGCGUUCUGUUGCUUCUAUUGUAUUUCUUCUUCUCUGGAAAAACAAAUGAGUUCUCCUACAUUUAGCGAUUUCCUUUGAAGGCUUCAUUUUUCUGACUGAAAUGCAACUCUUUGAAGAUAUUACUCGGGUUUCCUGAUGAAUAUGUCCGAUGCUUUGUCUGUCAGCUUGUCUGUACCGCCCCCCUCCUCCCAACGCCACCACCACCUGUGCUGAACAAACUCACUGUUUCCAAAAAAAAGAAAUCCUGCAUGUUUGUUACUGAAGUUCCUCUGUUGUGUGUGUGCUUUUUUUUUGUUUGUUUGUUUGUUUCGGUGUCUUCGCCGCUCCUCUGCGGGAGGAAGCAGACGUGCGAGUCCCCCGGGUCAAAGGUGAAUGUAUCAUUCUCGUGUGUUGUCAGAUUUGUCGUGGACAGGUGUUCAUUAUACCGAGUUGACUUCUAGGUCAUUGUGAAAGGGCAUGCCAGUGGUUGAGAUGACUGUCUGUUCUACAAGGUGUUGUGUAGCAGGGGUGGUCAAAUCUGCUUUUAUGGGAGGUUUCCUGUUUGAUUUAAUCGUUAUCGUAAAGUCACUGAAGCAGCAACAUUGUGACUCUCAGAUUUGAAAACCUCUGCUAUCGAACGAUAUGUGGAGGUGUGUGUAAAAGCAAUUACCUGUCCUUGAUAUGAUUUAUUUUGAUAAGAAAAGGCUCAAGUGAAUGCAGUGUUAAGGUGGAUUCCUCUGGUGUCUACAUAUUGAAUAAAGAAUUUCAUUUGAAAAGC